AUAAGGUAAUGGGAAAGAAAGGGGGUUGGAUUUCUGCAUGGAAGAAAGCUUUUGUAUCAUCUAGCAAUAAUGAUUCCAAAGAUAAGAAAGAAAAGAAACCCCUAAAAACUGCUUCAAAGAAAACAUGGUUUGGAAAACAAAAAAAUGUUGAAUCAGAACCGUCUCAAUCUGAAACUGCAUUUGCGACCCCUGCACUUCAUUCUCCUCCACCUGAACGGGAAGAUGACUUGAAGUUUGCAGGACAAGAGGCAGAAACAAGUAAACAAAAAGAGCCGGAGAAUGAGCCAAGCAAGCCCAUAGAAGAACAGAAUGAGCCGAAUAAGCCUAUAAAAGAAGUUGAGAAAAAGAAACCCGUAAAACAAGAGAAUGAGCAGAAGAAAGGUGGCUCUAAAAUGGCAUAUGCUACUGCACGGGCUGCAGUAGCAGCAGCAGCUUUGCGACGUUUCUUGGGUAAAUCCAAGGAAGAAGUGGCUGCAAUUAAGAUUCAGACAGCUUUUCGUCGUUAUUUGGCAAGAAGAAAGUUACGGGCUUUGAAAGGGUUUGUGAGGUUAAAAGUGCUGGUUCAAAGCCAGUCGGUCAAACGGCAAGCUGUAACAACCUUAAGAUGUAUGCAGACUCUGGCCCGUGUACAGUCUCAGGUUCGAGCCAGAAGGAUUCGAAUGUCGGAAGAGAACCAGGCUUUACAACGACAGCUUAUGCAGAAACGUGAGAGAGAGCUUGCUCACAUGAAAUCCUAUUUGGGUAAUGAAUGGGAUAAUACUCGAAGAUCAAAAGAGCAAAUAGAAGCAAGCAUACAAAACAAAGAAGAGGCUACUGCACGAAGAGAACGGGCUCUAGCUUAUGCACAAACUCAACAACAAAUGUGGAGGAACCAAUCAAAGUCUGCAAAUCCAACUUUCAUGGAUCCAAAUAAUCCACAUUGGGGUUGGAGUUGGUUAGACCGAUGGAUGGCAGCCCGACCAUGGGAAUCCCAAACGCCAAAUGACAACGAACAACAGCCAGUCAAACUGACCCGUUCAUCAUCUGUUGGUGACAUAAGCAAGAGACUAGACCGGUCACCCUCUAUGUCAUCACCACGAUCACCAUCUGUAUCCAAUAGAAGACCAACACCAGCUAGCCCGCGAAGCAUAAAUGACCAUACACCAUCCCCAAGAAACCGGAGGCAUAGCAUUUCUUCAAGUUCUUCAUUUCGUGAAGUAUCUUCACCUCGUGUGUCAUCACCUCGUGUUUCUUCACCACGUGUUUCUUCACCUAAGUCGACUAAAACCAAGUCCAUGAUACCAACGCCAACCCAAAGCCCAAGUCGUAGUCCUAGUCCUAGCCCUUUAGGGUCAGCUAAGAAAGGGACCACAGAAAAGAAAUCUACUACUGGGCCGGCUAAAAAACGCCUGUCUUUAUCAGGUGCAGCAGCUGGUACUGCAGCUGCUCGUAGGUUAUCUGGGUCGAAUAAGGGGGGUUCUGGUUUUCGUUAA